UCGUACACGUUACAGUCAUUUUAUGAGCGCUUUAAAGGUCUCCUAAUUUCAAAUAUGCCAGUGAUGUUGAAAAACGUUUUAAUAUUUUGCACGAAACGUUUAGUUCAAACGAAACUAAAUGUAACAGGUAACGAUAAUGGUGUAUGUAACUGUGAACAUAUAGUGAUUGGAAUACUCGUAUUUUUGGUUCUAAUGCUUGGUGCUCUGGUGUCUAUAAUUGGAUAUAUUCUAAUGCAGGAAAUCAACAACACCUUGCCACUUCUCUCAGAUAUGUCUAUGAAUACAGUAUCUGUCUAUUGUGACGAUCUUUCAUUAAGUCCCGAUGAAGAUUUUGACACUUUUGAAGCGAAGAAAGGUGGAAUGAAAGUUUCUCUUGACAAAAGACAAAAUUAUGUUUGUAGUGAAAGAAAUUUAACAUUCUUUGUACAAAAGAUUGUUGAAAGGCAGCUGAGACUUCGACAGUCGAUAGGUUUGGACAGUGAAAGGUACCUCUCGUGUGGAAACCAAAGUUUACAGCGGGCAUCCGGUGACCUAACUGUGUACUUUUCUGGAAUUUCCCAUCAUCAAACAUAUAAAGAACCUGGUGUAGACGUGAAAAUACACUGGGACAAACACGAGAAACAUUCAUACGUCGAUAAAUUAAUCCAUUACAACAAAGGUGAGAUAAGAAUUCCUGAAGGUCAGACAUACUUUGUCUAUGCGUCUGUUCAUUUCAACAUAACCGGAGGAGGUGAAGGAGCUCAUGCAUAUAAAAGACGGUUUUUUGCGUUACGACUUUGUAAAAAAGUACAAAACUAUGAACAAACUCUCUUAUAUAACUCGAAAAAAUUUAGCAGGAAUGCUACUGAUGUAAUAUCUAGUUUACAUGUAACAGGACUUCUUCAUCUUAAUAGAAACGACAGCAUAUACGUCAAAGUUUCGAAUGCAAAUCAGUUAAUUCUGAAUUCUAGAGGAAAUACAUUUGGGGUCUAUCCAAUUUAAUAUUCAUUUAAGGAUAGAAUAUUACGUAAUGAAACUUUUUACUAGAUGAAAACCAAAUUCUGAAAUUUCUUACUAAUUGGUUGAAACAUGCAUUUUAACUAAUAUAUUCUCUAUAAAGCAGAGUUUAAUUUUUGGAAGCUAUAAAUUUACUCGUACACAUUGCGCAUCAAAUUACGCUACCUUCACUUAAUUACAGUUAAUUUAUAUUAAUUAAUUCAAUGGUUUAGAAUCAAAACAUUAAUAAGGUAUAAUCAACAUCACAUAAUUCCGUCAUCGGCUUUUCAGAGUAAUUACAUAUCUCUAUGUGGCUGGUAGUCAAAUUUGACCUAUUUCAGCCAUACACCUCAAAAAUGAUUCUAAAUCUUUAUGGAAAUCUCUCUAAUCUUGGGCUGCCAUCAAAGAAAGAUCUUCUUUAUCUAAUUAAAUUUGAUGAAAAGAUUUGUUUUGAUAAUAAACUUAUUGCUGAGACUUUUAACAACUUCUAUACAACUGUUGCUUGUAAACUUGUUGAAAAACUUCCUAAAUGUGUAAACGGAUUUGGUCAAGUUUUUGUAAACUGAGUCUCAUUUUUUGCUGAAAAGGUGUUUAUCCUAAUAGUUUUUCUUUGUCUCUUUUGUGUGAAAGCAAAGUUUGUUUUAAAUACUUAAAUUCACUAAGUGCUAGCAAAGCUCCUGGCUUAGAUGGUAUACUUUCCCGUUUUGUCAAGGAUGAGCCACCUAUAAUUGCAGGUCAUAUAACCCACAUUGUCAACUUGUCUCUUAUCAAAGGAGUAGUUCCUGAUGAUCUUAAAACUGCUAGAGUUGUCCCCCUUUUAAAAAAGAAUGAUAAACUUUCAGUAGGUAACUACAGACCUGUGUCAAUUUUAAAUAUAGUCUCCAAGAUACUUGAAAAGGUAUUUUGUGACCAAGUUACAUACAUACAAACAUAUUUUAAAGAGAAUAAGCUGUUGAAUAAAUUCCAGUCUGGUUUUAGAAAUGGUUUCUCCACUGAUGCUUGUCUCAUUUACAUGACAGACUACAUUAGGCAUGAAAUUGAUAAGGGUAAUGUGUUAGGUAUGGCUCUGUUUGACUUACAGAAAGCCUUUGACACAGUUGACCAUUCCAUUCUCUUAAUGAAGCUUCAAGCGUCUGGUCUUGCUGAUGACACCAUAACGUGGUUUAGGUCAUAACUUUCUGAGAGACAUCAGCUUGUUGAUGUGUCGGGUAGUUUUUCUUCUACUUCAAGUAUAACAUGUGGUGUUCCCCAAUGGUUCAAUCCUUAGGCCCCUCUUCUUUUUAAUUUACGUCAAUGACAUGUCAGCGGUUGUUAUAUACUGAUGACUCUGGAAUACUUGUUUCUGGAAAAAGUUUAUCUGAGGUCAAAAUUUUUGUAUCUUAAUAUUUGUCUUCAGUAAUUCAAUUGUUAAUUGAUAAUAAGUUAUCGUUGCACUUAGGUAAAACUGAGUUCAUUGUGUUUGGGUCUAAACAAAAACUCAGGUCACAUUCCAAAUAUGAAGUAUAAAUUGUAACGGCACUGCAAUAGAAGAGUCCACUUCCAUCAAAUACCUUGGGGUAACUAUUGAUCAGUACCUGUCCUUUGGUUCGAUGGCUGACUCAGUUAUUCAGAAAGCUAACGCCAGGUUAAAGUUCCCUUACCGUAAGAAAGAUUUCCUUACAGAGCAUACCAAAAAAACUGCUUGUCAAUUCCUUAAUUCAGUGCCACUUUGUCUAUGCCUGCUGUGUCUGGUAUAAUGGUUUAAGUCAGGUCUUGACAAAUAAAUUACAGACAACACAAAAUAAAAUGAUGAGAUUUGUUCUAAACCUUGAUUCCAGAGUUCAUAUUGGCCCUUCCCAUUUUAAAUCCCUUAAUGGGUUACCAGUUUGUUGAACAAAUUAUGUUAUGUCAUGUUUUUAAGGUUAAAAACCAAAUGGUCCCAGAGUACUUAAGUGAUUGGUUUGUUUCUCAGGAAUCUAUGCAUUCUUAUUGCACCAGACUGAGUAAAAAGGGAGGAGGGUAUUGUCUUCCUAAUGUUAAGGUUCUGGGUCAAAGUCUUUUAGUUUUAUUGGUGCUAAACUCUGGAACAGUCUUCCAAUCUGUAUGACUGAAAUUAACAAAUUUCAUCAUUUUAAGGUAAUCAUUAAAAGUCACUUUUUAAGUAGCAUGUGUUUUUCUUAAAAUUUCUUGCAAGAAAAUUUUAAUAUAUGUUUUCAUUUUUUUAUUGAAUUUAUUUUUCGGCUCAGGUUUACUGUUUCAUUUUUAGAAAGAUUGUUUUAAUUUUUUUGUUAAGAAUUUAAUAACUUUAUCUUUUAUUGAACAGUGUAAUCUAUGGCAUGUUCUUUCCUUACAUACCCAUUUCUGUGUGUUCAUAUUUUAGUUACUCUUAAUACACCAUGGUCACUGUGGUAAUAAAUCGCAAUUAUCCUGUAAACUGUGAUAAUGUUUUAAUGUAAUUUUUUCUUAAUAUGCACACGAUUAUUUCUUAAUGUGACACUGACUUUUAAUGAAUUACAUUACUUUACAUUUGAAAUUGUGAUAAUUUUAAAUGAUAUCCUUCAUUAAUGUGAUUUUUCUUAUAAUAAGUGAUUUUUUUUAUGAAAUACCUCUCUUUGUCAUGCAACCAAAUGCUAAGGACCACAAUGGAAAUAAUAGCUUGCUCUUUUUUGUGGUAAUGGUUUUGGGAACAUGUCAUGGUUUACAUAAUAAUUUAAAGAUUUCAUUCAUUUAUUUGUUUAUUUGUAAUUGUUUUAAUCUAUAUUGUGUUUGUUUAUCAUGUACCAUGUUUACCUUUUGCCUGCCGAAAUAAAUCUAUCUUUAUAUCUAAAACAUCGAAUGUUGCAGCAAAAAAAUUAUAUAUAUUGAAGUUGUGUCUGAUCAGGGACAUUUGCCUUCUCUGCAUUUUCUGAUUGAGAGGAAUCUGUCCUCGACAUUAAUGUUACUAGUAGAUGCCUAUUUAACAUUUAAAUUGUAUUUGAAAAUCUCAUUUCUUAAAAACAGAUUUCAAAUGUCUGUUUUUU